AUGUCGAUUUCACCUGAGGUGUUAGCACAGUUCAGAAAGAUAGCAAGACUCACACGAGGAUGGGGAGGCAGAGACCGCAGAGGCGUUCCAGGAACAUCGAGGAAACUUUUACUCACAACAAUCAAGGAUGAUUACCUCCCUACGGCACAAAAGCAGCUAAAUAUGGAGGAGCUUACGACUGAUGACGUUGUAGAGACCCUAAGAUACAAAGAGGAGGAAGAAGGCUACGAUUUCCUUAGCAAUAAGGUCAAAGCCCAAGCAAAGCUCGGAAUUCGUCAUUUCAAAUUUACGAAGGUGCCUUCUGUCUCGGAUAGAGUGGCCAAUUCUAAAUUCUAUGCGUCAGUGGUAAUGACGCCUGACCCAGAUGCAUUGAUUCAAUUGAUCCAGCAGCACCCAUAUCAUGUUGAGACGCUUCUACAAGUAUCCAUGGUUUUCCUAAGACAGGGGAACAACAAGGCAAUGAGCAAUGCCUUGGUAGAGAAAUGCCUCUUUGUCUUUGACCGCUCCUUUAACAAGAGAUUCCAUGAAAUGCUUCAAGACGGUAAGUCUGAGCUCAUAAGGCUUCCUUACGAGACAUUCAUGAACAGACAGUUCUAUCUUUGCAUCUUCCGUAUCAUCACUGGAAUGGCAGAGCGCUCAACCUUCUUUACAGCGUUGAACUACUGUAAACUCCUUUGGGGAUUCAGCCCUGCCGAAGAUCCCAUCGGAGCUCGUUACUUCAUUGACCAUUACGCCAUAUUAUCUGAGGAAUACGACUGGCUCGUGAAGGUCGCCAACAGCCCACUUAUCACAACCUAUGCUCAAUGGUACACACCAGGUAUUGCAUUCUCAGAGGUUCUCGCAUUGCUCCACUUAAAUAAGACCGAGGAAGCCAGGCUGAGGUUGGAAGAGGCGUUCACCGCACAUACAUAUUGCGCAUACCACCUUUUAGAAACUAUUGGCUUGUCCUCGAAACCACCUACCUCGUUGAAGGACAUUUACCAGGACGACUAUGUUGUGCUCGCAAGUGAGACAUACCUUGUGAGAGCACCAUUACUAUGGAAGGAUCAGCUGCAUAGACAGUUCCUUCAUGACGAGCUCACAAAAUUGUUCUCGACGUUCAAGCUGCAAACGACUGGAUCGUGGUUGGGCAAGUUCUUCUCGAAGGAGCCAAAACCAAUUGCUCUUCCAAUAAAUCUCGUCCGGUUUGCAAUUCUCUCCGGUGAAAACAAGGUGCUUGCCAAAGUCCCAGAAUCUGUUUUCGACCGAGAUGAUGAUGCUUCUGCCGCCUAUGACGUAUUCACCGGAGUCGAUAAUACCACUGGUGUUACAGACGCAUUACCCAAUUACAUUGACCACAACAUCAUUUCAGCAAUUGUGCAAAACCGAACCGGCGCCGAGUUUGACGAGCUUUUGGAUAGGUUGCAAUUGCAAGAGGUGGAGGAGGGUCAAGUGCCCGCGGAAGAGUAG